AGCGCAACAGCAUGUAAGUUCAUUCAAAGUCGUUCUCCCACGUCUUCCUAUCGAUGCCCUUGUUGACACUAAACUAGGGAGGUUUUAGCAGCGUUGUUUGGUUCGUCUCCAUCUGGAUGCUGACCUGCCUCCGGCAUUCUGGACGUUUUCAUAGAAGGACUUCAUGCACACUUGCCAGCCGUGACAAAUGGCGGUGUCGAUGGCAUGACGAUCAAUCCUUCUUGACGAUGCGUAGGUCUAUAUAAACCUGUCGCCCGAACCGACGACAAACGAGAAGAAGACCAUCUCAUCCAACAAUCUCAUCGCCUAUCCACACAACUACAAGCACCACUCUCAACAACCCCAACAACUUAUUCAAAAUGACGGUCACUCGCAUCUUCACCUUCGCCAUCGCCGACGCGGCUGCCCAGGACUUCGCUGUCUCUACCUUCAACGGCUUCAAGGACUCCUGCAAGAAGAACGGUGCUUCUUACAUCGUUGCCACUCACGCCGCCAAGGUCAAGGUCCUCAAGGACACCUCCGGCAGUGCUGCCUGGACUGUCUACGCCUCCAUCACAUUCCAGAACGAGGAUGAUGCCAACUACUUCGCCAACGAGGACCCCGUCAACCAGGAGGUCAAGGCCAAGAACGCUGGUGCCACCUCCGGCUUCUGCGUCAUCCAGGGCUCUUUCAGCUAAAUGCUACGCUCGCAAGCAUAGCGACAUGAGAUUUGAUGGGUUUUACGAGCGAUGAAAUGAUAUAACGGUUCAAUUUGGACGUGAAGAAAAAAUCAAAAGCUACAGUGAUAGACUUCCUCUUAGACAAUAGAGUUGUAUUGAUCGCUAG